CACUUUCCCCUUAGUAGCCGUAACUCCCUCCCCGUUUUAGUUUUGCCGUUACUUUGAUCUCUCUCUCUCUCUCUGGGUUUUACGCUACGUCUCUGAAAGUCUGAACCCCCGAAGAGAAAAUUGGACCACGCCGCCACAACUACAUUCUCAGCUCUCUGCCAUUCGAUUUCUUCGGGUAGCUAAAACUGAAACUAGCCUUUUUGUCCUGGAGUUUCAGCUCUAUGCCUUGCUCCCUUUCCGACCCUCUGCUCUUACUUUCCUAUUCAGAAUUGAGAAAGGUUGCAUCUACGGUCUUGGUUUGCCUAAGUCUAGAUGGUUGGGUUUAUCUCUGAACCCACUACUGAAAACCUCGACCCAGUUCAAAAGCUCAAGAAUUCAAACCACCCACUUGAUCCUUCAGAUCAAAAAGCCACUGAUUUCUCCUUCUCUGAUUCAUUCCCUGAUUUUGAUUCCAUUAAGGAUUGGUUUGAGGAUAUACCUGUACCUGGUAUGGCUGAUAUAGGUCUGUUUGAGUUUGGGGCUUCUGAGAAACCCAUUGAGCCAAGGGCUGAUGGGUCUAAUUCUGGAGUGAAAGUGAAGGUGGAGGAGAUGGAGACUGAAAAUUUUGGUGAUGGGUCUGAGCCAAAAGUUGCUGAGGUGAAGGUGAAGGUGGAGGAGUGGGAAAAGUUGGGGAAAUUUAGUAAAUGCAUUGAGGAAGAGAUGGGGAGGGUUAGUUUGGAUGUUGAGCCUGGGAAUUUGGGUCUUGAUGGUGGUGGUGGAAGUGGGGUGAAGAGUGAGGUGGUAAGUGAUGGGAAUGAGAGUGGAAGUUUGGUUUCAAGUAGUGAAAGUUCGGAGUCUGAGAGUGAUUCGUCUUCGUCGGAGGAGGGGGCUUCGAGUAGCGAUAGUAGUGAUGAUGAGGAGGAAAAGGAGGGGGGUCUAAAGGAAGUGAAGGUGGAGGCGGCGACUUCGAGUAGUGAUAGUAGUGAUGAUGAGGAGGAGGAAGAGGAGGGUCUAAAGGAAGUGAAGGUGGAGGCGAUGGAUGGUGCUGAUGAGGCCGGUGAAGUUGAAGAAGGUGAGAUAAGGGAUGCUGAUGGGCAGGAGAUAGUUGGUGGGACUGAAGAUGAUGAUGACAAGGAGGUGAAAGAGGAGGAGGAGGAGGAAAUUGAUGAAGAUGAUGGAAAGCUGAUGGCUAGUUUUAGCGAUUUUGAAGAGGAUGAAGAUGAUGAAGGUGCUGCUCCAAAGGGACCCAUUAGAUCAAAGCAUGAGCUUGAGGUCCUUCCUCCUGUUCCUCCGGUGAAUGAGACCCUGCAGCCACAUCAUCAGAUGCUUCCUGUGGGAGUUGUCUUAUCGAUUCUUGGUGCCCAAGUCAUUGUCGAGGGAGUUGAGAAGCACAACCCUAUUAGUGAGGGUUCAAUCCUCUGGGUAACUGAAAGCAGAUCUCCAUUGGGGUUUGUGGAUGAAAUAUUUGGACCUGUCAAAAAUCCAUACUAUAAGAUAAGAUACAAUUCAGAAAGUGAAGUCCCAUCUGGGAUCCAUGAGGGCUCUUUGAUCUCUUUUGUUCCAGAGUUUGCGAAUCAUGUGCUCAAUGACAAGAGUCUUUACCAGAAAGGGUAUGAUGCAUCUGGUGCAAAUGACGAGGAGAUGUCAGAUGAGGCAGAGUUUUCAGAUGAUGAAAAAGAGGCUGAGUACAAAAGAAUGCAAAAAAUGACAAAGAGGGGCACACAAGACGAGAAUUUUGGAAACAAGAAAAACAAUAGAAGGAAGGUCAGAAAUAAGGAUGGGCCCUGGAAAAAUACUCAACCUUCACCCCAGAAACCCCAGAACCUACCAUCUAAUCAAAGUCAGCAUAAUUUCUCACCAUCUGCAGCCUUUUUUGAUCAUGGUUCGUCCUCAUCUUCCAUAGGACAGGGUUUUGUUAUUGGCAAUGGUUUUAUUCCACCAUUUCCACCAACAGCGCAGACCAUUGGUUUUAACACACCUUCAAAUGGAGUUUGGGCAAAUGGGAUGGCAUAUCAGCCACCACAGGGUGCAGUCUUUCCUAAUGGAUUUCCAGGUAAUGGUGUGCCUUGGUUCUCUCAGAAUCCUCAUCAACAUCCGUGUCAAAUGCCUAUGCCAAACAGAAUGCCGUUUCAACAGCAUUUUGAUCCUAGUCAGACACAUCCUACUGCUAAUUUACCAGGAGUUGGACCCACAUAUGCACAAGGGCUCAUGGUUCAAAAUGACUUCAAUCAAAGGGCAUUUGGGAUGGGUUUACAGGGCCAACUUACUCACCCAUCAAUGAAUGUGGGAGAACCAGGAAUUUCGUCCAAUGGGUUACAAGUCCAACAAAACUCUAUGCAGCAAUCUGUUUUUGCUCCUGGUAAUGUUGAAGCUGCCCAACAAUUUAAUGCGGGUGCAUCUUCUGGUCGUGGAAGGAAACCAUAUCGUCGAGGGGGUGGUCGUUUUGCAGGUGGGAGAGCUCGGCAGCAAUCCAAGUGAUGGCUUUUGUGUGCCCCGAUGCAUUAAAACUUGUGGAAUUUGACUUAUAAUAGGCUAUGGCCAAUGCAAUUUUGGAAUCGCUUUGUUCAUAUCUGUUUAAUAUAUGCAAAUGAGUGUUCAAAAAACAAUUCCCUUGCAGAUUCUUAUGUUGGUAUUGUAACAGAGGCAGCCUAGUUUUGUUUUUUA